CGCUCUUUCUUUCGUUCUGAGACAAAUGGAGGAAAGGGGAAUGGGGACGUCGCAGGGGCUGGAGCCGGAGCUGGUCUCGAUCCCGGCGAGCCCUCGGGGGGCCUCCACGCCGGAGGCGGUGACCCCGACGGGCCAGCGGUCGCGCGGUGGCGAAGGGGAGCCCGUCUCGGCCAAGUCGGGCACGGCAUCGCCGCGGUUCCUGAGCCCGUCGAUGUCUUCGGCGUUGGGGACGCCGAUGAAGCGCGUGCUGGUGAAUCUACGGGGCUACUUGGAGGAGGUGGGCCACCUGACGAAGCUCAACCCCCAGGACGCAUGGCUCCCCAUCACCGAGUCCCGCCACGGCAACGCCCACUACGCCGCAUUCCACAACCUCAACGCCGGCAUCGGCUUCCAGGCGCUCCUCCUCCCCGUCGCCUUCGCCUUCCUCGGAUGGAGUUGGGGGAUAAUAGCUCUGACCGUUGCCUACUUUUGGCAACUUUACACUCUCUGGAUUCUGGUUAAGCUACAUGAAGCUCUACCUGGUAGAAGAUACAAUCGAUAUGUGGAACUUGCACAGGCUGCAUUUGGAGAAAGGUUUGGUGUUUGGCUGGCUUUGUUCCCGACAAUAUACUUAUCAGCAGGGACUGCAGCAGCACUGAUUCUGAUCGGAGGGGAAACCUUGAAGCUCUUCUUCCAGAUAGUCUGUGGAUCUCUGUGUUCAUCGAACCCGCUUUCGACCGUGGAAUGGUAUCUAGUGUUUACGUUUCUGUGCAUCGUCCUGUCUCAGCUCCCAAAUCUCAACUCCAUCGCUGGCCUCUCUCUCAUCGGAGCUCUCACAGCAAUCACUUACACUUGCAUGGCUUGGCUACUCUCCGUUGGCCAAGAAAGGCCACCUUCCGUCUCUUAUCAGCCCCUGUCAUCCCCUUCCUUGGGGGCUGCAGCUUACUCGGUCUCGAAUGCUCUCGGCAUAAUAGCAUAUGCAUUCAGAGGACACAACCUUGCGUUGGAGAUUCAGGCAACGAUGCCGUCGACCUUCAAGCAUCCUGCGCAUGUUCCAAUGUGGAGAGGAGCCAAAGUCGCUUACCUGCUGAUAGCCAUGUGCUUCUUCCCCAUUGCCAUCGGAGGCUUCUGGGCGUAUGGAAACCUGAUGCCCGCAGGAGGAAUACUGAAUGCUCUAUACGCAUUUCACAGCCGUGAUAUCUCCAGGGGACUUCUGGCCACAACAUUUCUGUUGGUUGUGUUCCACUGCCUCACCAGUUUCCAGAUAUACUCCAUGCCGGUGUUCGACAGCUUCGAAGCGGGUUACACGAGUCGAACCAACCGGCCCUGCUCCAUUUGGGUCCGAUCCGGCUUCCGAGUCUUCUACGGCCUCAUCUCCUUCUUCGUCGGAGUGGCACUUCCCUUCCUCUCGAGCCUCGCUGGGCUGUUGGGUGGACUCUCUCUUCCGGUCACGUUUGCUUACCCUUGUUUCAUGUGGAUUCGCAUGAAGCAGCCUCCAAGGUUCAGCUUCGACUGGUAUCUCAACUGGAGCCUGGGCAUCGUCGGCAUGGCUUUCAGCUUAGCUUUCUCUGUAGGCGGUGUUUGGAGCAUGAUCAACAGCGGGAUCCAGCUUAAGUUCUUCAAGCCUAACUAAGCUCCAGUUACUUUGGAUGUUCGUCGCGGUAACUUCUGGUGUUUUAUCAUGUCGGACGUUUACUUUUGAUGAAGUCAGGCUUGAUAGAUUCUGCAUAAAACGUUAGAUGUAUUGAAA